CGAAAAAGCGCCACCUAGUAAUAGUGUAUUGUACAAUUAGUAGGGAGCCUGUGUAUGUAUCGAAAUGUCUGUUUUGUUAUGAGACGGACAUGAAGGAAAGAGUGGAUUUUCCAGGAUGUUAAGGCGUCGACGUGUCAAGUACAAAUUUUUCAAGCAUUUAAUUAGUUGAUUUUCAUCGCAAAUGAUGUCUUUGCUCACCAGGAAUGUGGUGAUAACUACACUCUCGCUAGUCUUCUUCGCCCAUCUGCUUAUGGGAAUGAGCAGAGACGAAAGAAAUCGCCUCAAAGAGCAAGCACGAGAGAUGUUUUAUCAUGCAUACAAUUCGUAUAUGAAAAAUGCCUAUCCAGCUGAUGAAUUGAUGCCUUUAAGUUGCAAGGGUAGGUUCAGAGAUACAGAGCCUAGUCGUGGAGAUAUUGAUGAUGCUCUGGGAAACUUUUCCUUGACUCUUGUGGAUACUCUAGAUACUUUAGUGUUAUUAGGAGAUUUGGAUGAAUUUGAACAUGCUGUCAGACUUAUUAUAAAGGAUAUAACAUUUGACAAUGAUGUAGUAGUUUCUGUAUUUGAAACAAAUAUAAGAAUGCUUGGGUGAGUUCUUAUAAAGU